AUGAUAGUGGCGAAGUAUCUUCAUCACAAGUGCCUCUUUUUGCUACUCAACGAAGUGAAGACUUACACUUUGGUGCAGACUCUGCUGGAGAACAACUGUGAUGCUUUCUGGAAAAGAGUGGUGGCAUACUUUGCUGCCAGUCCUAAGCUCGCCGGUUGUGAAGUGAGGGAGGCAGGUCAUUGUAAGCAGCGGUGGCACAAGAUCAAUGAUCUUGUUGGCAAGUUUUGUGGAGCUUAUGAAGCUGUAAUCCGAGAGAGAAGCAGCGGACAUAAUGAGAAUGAUGUGCUCAAGCUUGCUCAUGAAAUCUUCUUCACCAACCACAACAAGAAAUUCACCCUUGAGCAUGCGUGGAAAGAGUUGCGCAAUGACCCGAAAUGGUGCGAUCUUGCCACUUCUAAAAUGGAGAGAAGCUCUAAAAGGAGGAAGGUUGACGAGGCUGCACAAUCAUCAACUUGUCAAGCAACUGAAACUAAUAGUACUGAUCAAGCUACUGCUCGUCCCCCGGGUGUGAAGGCAUCAAAGGGGCAUGGCAAGCAAAAUAUCAAGGCAUAG